AUGAUUCCUAUACUGAUUCACAGAUUUCCUCAUGAUCCAGUGCUGGUCCAGUUAUUAGCCCUAGCACAUCAGACUCCUCCUACUGAGACCGUUGUCGAAGAUGAUGCACUUGGUUGCCAGAAGACGUAUCCUGAGCUCCUUGCUGACAUACUUGCAACCCGAGAACUCCUGCGAGCACAACUACCCCCCUCCGCAUUAGAUACCCAGGGACUUUUGUGCGAAAGGAGGCAGAGCGUCGCUCUCCUCGCGAAGAGUGGCUAUGAGUUCCUCGUUGCCUUCUUUGCUGUACGAUCCUUAGGUGGAGUAUGUGCACCUUUAGGUAAAAAUUCACGCUCUGUACCAACAUUCAGCAGUGAACGAAAUCGGGCUAACUGGCUCCUUUCAGGGACUGCCGUACUCCCCGAGGAGGCAGAGUACUUUCUCUCCUUGAUAAAGUCGAUAUCUAUACUUGCUGGCCAAGGCAGUAUAGAAAGGGCCAGCAGUAUUCGCACCUAUAUCAAGCAAACGAAAUCCGAAGCACUAGCAACCGUCUCUAUAUCCAGUGAUGCAAAGGCCCUUGAUGAAGCAGAAGGAGCUAUUGAGAUUGAUCACAACUGUGUCAUGGCACCGGAUGGACCUGGCAUGAUCAUGUUUACAUCAGGAACCACUGGGUGCCCUAAAGGAGCUGUGCUACCACGAUGUUCUCUCCUUGGAACAGGCAUCAGAGAGCCCGGCUCAGCAGCCCUUGUUUACCGCCCAAACCACUGGAUAGGCGGUGCCAGGGAUAUUAUCCAGUCACUCCUCUUGGGAAGGAAAGUUCACAGUCUGAAAACGAAAGUCCAGGACGCUCGUGCUGAGGAUGUUCUGCGGGCUUUCAGAACCUCGUUAAUCACACACGCCGCGUUUAUGCCAGAUGUGUUGCGGCGGAUGAUGUACUUACUCACUUGCCACAGGGAUCUAUCCACUAUACCACAGGAGGAGAAAGACAUAUGGCACAGUUAUUUCAAAGGACUAUCGAUAAUCAAAUGUUCUGGAGGAUCACUUGAGCCGCCAGUAAGGGAUUUUUGGGUAGGCUUAACAGGACUGCCAUUUGAGAACUUCUAUGCUUCCACUGAACUUGGAGGAAUCGCCAUUGGUGGACCUUCUGAGAUAUAUGGCUCUAUUGGAACUCCAGUCCCCGGAAUCAAAGUAAAAUUGUCAGAGGGAGAUCGAGGAGAAAUUUGUUUCAAAAGCCCGAAGAUGCUGCUACAUUAUAUUGGUGACAAUCGUACGAUUGAGAGCAUCUUUGACAAAGAGGGGUACUAUAAAACAGGGGAUCUCGCUAAAUUCAUCAACAAAGAAUACAUAUUUACCGGACGUGUGGCUACUGACUACGUCCAAUACGCAGCAUUUCGGUUUUCGACUCUUGCAGUUGAGGAUGAUUUAACCAAGCUUCCAUAUAUCUCAGAAGCCUGCGUUGUGGCCGUCCCUCAUAAGAAACUCAGGCAGCUUUGCGGUGCUGUGGUGAGGCUUAGGCCUGAUACCCAAAUACCCAGCAAUAUGACCGCACUAGGAUUGAUCAGAUCCGACCUCGAAGGGAGCCUACCAACGUAUAUGAUGCCAACUCUACUCAAAGUGUUAAAAGAUGAGGAAGAAUUGCCGUGUACAGUCAUUGGGAAGCCUGAAAAAAAAGAGAUCCUUAGGAUAUACUUUGGCAGUGAAAAUGGCGUUCAGGUUGAAGAUUAUCCUCCAGAAGUAGAGAGUUGUCCUAUUCCUAAACCAGGUGAAGCUACCAAGCCAUGGGAUUGGGAUGGACGACAAUUUGAGCAUUAA